AGGAGAUCUACACAGAAAGGGCUUUUUUUGGUUGUUUCCUUCUGACUCCUUUCACUUCUUGUUCUCACAUUGACGCUGUGUUUACCGACUGCGUGUCACGCAACGACAAGCAGGUCUACUUUAUAAAUAUUAUUAUUAUUAUAAUACUUCCUAGGUCUUUAGGGAGAUAUUUGGACUUCCACCCGACGCACAGGCGACACAACCGCAGAUGGGUCGGCGAAAAUCCGCGAAGCCCGAGGGCAUGGAGGAGGCGCGAAGGCCACGAUGUCAGCACGACCUUAGCCGCAAUGCAAGACACUCGGCGCACAGCGCGGACCGCGACCAUCGCGGCAGUGAUGACAGCGGCGGUCACCACAAACACGAACGCAUGCCCCCCGCGCAGAGCACGAAGAAUCUCUCCCAAGUCCCUUUCAAGUCGGGCAGCUCCUCCCAGCGCUCCUCGCGACCUCCCGAGAGCCCGCAGGGCGGGUACAAAGGAUUUCACUUCCCUAGCGGGGAUCAACAUCCGCUAGGGCCGCUGCCUCAGCGAGGCGGGAUGCCGCCGCCCAACAACAACUACCCGUUGAACAGUAGCAUUAGUUUGUCCUCUCCCACCAAUGGGUACGUGCCGAAUGGAUAUGGCGGUGGCGCGAACGGCUACAAUCCCACGACGAUGAACGGCAGCUUGGAGAGCUCGCCGAUGCACAACGCGAAUGCUGGCAGGGCGGUGGGAGCGAAUGCCUUCUCUCCCUCCCACGUACCGCCACCGCCGCCGCAGCCAAAUGCGUAUUGCGCGAUGCCAGGGGGCAGUCCGAACAACAUGAACGCCUCGUGGCCUCCACGGCAGCCGCCGCCGCAGCGGGGGGUGGACUUUGGGCUGAUGAUGCAGGCAUUUCGAAAUCUGCCGCAGCUACCAUGCGUCAUGACCCCCAACGGACCGCUGUCUCCGCCGCCGUUUCCGUUUCCCUUCCCGGACCUUGUGCAGCUGCAGCAGCUCCAGCAGCAGCAACAGAUGAUGAUGCAGAUGCGGAUGAGUCCGAAUGGCACGCCCGGGAAUCCGGCUUCUCCGCUGCCACUGUCGCUCUCGGGCCCUGCGUCGCCCCCACAGCAGCAGCCUCCACCACCACCCGUGGCGGCGCUGGGCCCUUUCUACGGUCCGCCGGGCACUAACGUCCCUGGCAUGGCCCCGAACCAGAACAUGAGUUACCUUAACGGGGUAUGCCCUGUCGCAGCUGGAGCGAUGCCGCCGUCGGUUCCACCUUUCAACGGCGCUGCCGGUCCUGCGGCCACCCCUGAGCCGCUGCAUCGCACGACAAGUAUCCUCAACCGCGUCUCUAGCUUCAAGAAAAGCGCUCCAGCCCCCAGCCCCGACAAGGCACACAUGCAAACGGCAGUGGCGGCAGUAUCCUCAACCGCGCCUCGAGCUUUAAGCGAAACGCGAGGGGCGGCGGACCCUCCUUUGCUUCGAGUCCGUCAUCGGCGCCGUCCACCGAGCAGCAGCCCACCGCGCAGGCGUCUCCGACGGCGAAGCCCACCGGCGCCGCCGCCGCCAUCCCCCCGGCACACUCUGCCGCGGCAGCCAAGCCGCUGCCCGACUCCGGCAGCACCGGCAUUCUGCGCCGCAAGUCGUUCUUCUCCGCAGCGGCGGCGGUGCCGGAGCCGGUGUUGUCGCCGGACGAGCGGGAGGCCGUGCUGCAGAUGAAGCUGGUGCAGCGCGAGCAUGAGCGGGUGCGGCUCGAAGAGGAGCACCGCGCCCGCGAAGAGGCGAUGGAUAAAGUGAUUGAGAACCGAGGGAAAGAGCUGCGUGAGGAGGGGGCGGCAAGGGAUGCGUCUGCUGAGGAGUCGGCGACGCUGCCGACGUGUGUGAUGACAAGUGUCGAGGUCAGCCCUCCCUCCAACCUCUUGUCCCCGAAGGCCGAUGCGACGCGCGAGGCGGCCGACGCGUCAUACGAAAAGAUGUCGCGGGCCAGCUCGUACAGCUUCGCCAGCAUAGCCACAACACGGAGCGGUGCAGUUGGACCGCAGCCGGCCCUCCCUCAUCUUUCAAAGCAGCACCCGCCGGGCACGCACCGGCGCGGUGCCUCCCCUGUGGCGGACGCGGGUGAAUUCAGCACUAAGUCCGACGCGCCCGUGGAGUCGAUGGCGUCUAAUCGUAUGGGCGGCGUGAACAGGUCAGCGCCGACGACGACAACCACAGGAGCUACAUCUGCUGCUGCUGCCCUCGCUGGGGAAUCGCGACCACAGCAGCAGUCGCAAACUGCACCCCCAAGUAGCCAAGUUGUUCCGCCGCCACGGGGAAGCAUUAUUGCGUCCGCCCCUGCCGUAUUAGAACCGAAGCAGCCGUGGCACCGGUGUCCUACGGUGGUAGUCUACGAAAUUCCCCUACGUUGUCGUCGCACGACGAACGAGGAGGGCAGGGAGGUGAUCGAUGACGCCGACUUUCCCGUCCGCAUCCACAGUAAGACGCUGCGCGUGACGGACCCGGAGACGAAGCUCGUGUCGGAGUUUCCGCACGACGAGCUCGUUAUCCACCGCAAGAACUCGACGAACGUGGCGUCACAGCUGCUAGACAAGGUGCGAGAUGUGGUCAUCGCUGGCUACACCGCGUCAGUACUCAGCCUCGACUCAAAGGGCCUGGCAAAGCCGACGUCCGCCUUUGACAGCGCUGCGUGGAUGGCGAAGCAGCGGCUGGUGCUGAACUUGGUGGCCAGCGUGGAAAAGAUGCAAACCAUCUACGCCAAGAACGGCGGCCUUAGCAGCAACAACUCCUCCAUCGAGGUCUGUGUCUCCAUCGCCCUCGUGAAGAAGGUUUCGGCGGAGAAGGCGACGGAGUGGAAGGUGACGGACCCGGCGAUGCAGCAGCGGACCUUUGAGGUGAUCGACCUGUUGAAGCCGGAGCCAGCCGUCGCGCAACUCCGCAUGCGCACGUCGAUGCUGUCUGGGAGUCGUCUGGACGGGGUCCAGUACAAACCGGUGGGCAACGAGGCGGAGUUCAAUACCCUUCUGACCGGUGCCCAGAGCAGCGCAAACGUAGUGCUGGGCCGCCUCGCAGAUGCCGCGGCGGUGGCGCCGGACAACGCGGCGCUCAUGGCGGAGAACGACUCCGUGCUGGAGGUGCUGACGUGCAUCGUGCGCCACCACAAGGAGGGGGCCGUGGCGCUGGCCGAUCAGAUCAAGGAAGCCCCACGCGACGUCUUUGCGCGCGGCAACGCGGCGGAUGUAAUUUCCUCGGACGACGAAGAUGAUGACGCGCGCGUCCUCGACAGCUUCAACGCCCACAACGGACCGUCGAAUUGCAGCGACACGGUGGUGAGCUGUUUGACCUGCAUUGGGGCACGACAGAACGCCGACGUGUGGGGCGCCGCCCUCGAGCGCAAGGAGGAGGUGGCCCCGUUGGCCCUCUUCACCACCGCUUUUGGCGGUCCCGCAUACACGGUAAUUAUUGCUAGCGUCGACCCCACCAGCCGGGAAGCAGCGGCGACGUUGUCGAUGCAGGUGGGCAUGACCAUCAAACUACAUCGGCGCCCAACCAACGGCUCUGCGCGGCGACUCAUUCAGAGCUCCAAGUAUCAAGCGGGUGCCGCGCAGAAGGAACUGGACCGACCAGUCCGGCCAUCAGGCUCGGAGCAGCGUGAGUUGAAGACGACGAUUCGUAAGAGCGCGGCGACUCUUGAGAGCCUUGAGAAAGCGCUCGCGGACGGCGGAUAA